AUGAAGGCACUUCUCUUGCUCCUUGCUGUCUGGGCAGGGCUGGCUCCUGUCCAAUGUUCUCAAGGCCGUCCAUCAUGGCACUACAUCUCCUCUGAGGUGGUCAUUCCCAGGAAGGAGCUGCACCAUGGCAAAGGCAUUCGGAUGCCAGGCUGGCUGUCCUACAGCCUACGUUUUGGGGACAGGAGACACAUUAUCCACAUGCGGCGCAAGAAACUGUUUUGGUCCAGACAUCUGCUGAUGAUGACUCAGGACGACCAAGGAGCCUUGCAGAUGGACUAUCCCUUCAUCCCUCCAGACUGUUACUACCUCGGCUACCUGGAGGAGAUUCCUCUUUCCAUGGUCACCGUGGACACAUGCUAUGGGGGUCUUGAAGGUAUCAUCAAGUUGGAUGACUUUGCUUAUGAAAUCAAACCCCUCAGCAAUUCCCAAAGGUUUGAACACGUUGUUUCUCAGAUAGUGACAGAUACAAAUACGAUGGCACCUACCUAUAAACUGGGACAUAAGGAGAUUAUGGACCCCCUUUUCUCUCAAGCAAAUGCCAGUGUUGUCCCCAGGAUCUCUAGUAAGAUGUAUUCAUCCCAUAAUGGAAAUAUGAAAGCACUUGCCCUAAGUUCCCACUCAAUGUAUACUGUGUUCAACAACGUGUCAAAAUGUGCCCAAUUCCUGAUAAAGAUAUGUAGUUUAAUUGAUACAUUCCUUCAAGGUAUUGAUAUGAAUUACUAUAUUGGAUUCAUUAUGAUUUAUAACCAGAGAGAUCCAGUUUUCAUGAAUAAUUAUAAUGCAGAGUAUAGUCCAUAUGUUAGACACUAUCAGUUUGCUGUGUACAGAUUUGUCAUACCACAUUCGUCCAUAAUUGUGAUUAAAGAUGGGCCAAAGGAUCUUAAUUAUGACCCUGUCUUAUAUGGUAUAUGCAAUAAUCGAAACCUUGUCAUGCUUGGUUACCUAGGCAGACACCUUUUAAUAUUGUCAAUUGCAGGAGCACAAAAGGUGGCAAGAAAUUUAGGUCUAUACUAUGAUGAGAAUACUUGUACUUGCCAGAGAAGGUCCCUGUGCAUUAUGCACAGACAACCUUCUCUGACAGAUUCCUUCAGUAACUGUUCCUAUACUCACGUACAGCACAUAGUGGGUGCUGGGUUAGGUCAGUGUCUAUUCAGCACCCAAAUGGUAUAUUCAAAUAAAAGCUUGACCCAUGAUCGUUGUGGAAACCGCAUAGUGGAUCGAGGUGAGGAGUGUGACUGUGGCUCCUUCAAACAGUGUUACAACAACCCCUGCUGUACGAAUGCUUGUUCAUUCACCAGUGGCAGCAAAUGCAAUACAGGCAGGUGCUGUACAAACUGCACCUAUUCCCCUCCUGGGACACUCUGCAGACCAAUCCAAAAUAUGUGUGAUCUUCCCGAGUACUGCCGUGGGGAGUCCUUGGCAUGUCCUGAUGAUUUCUAUAUGCAAGAUGGAACCCCAUGCACCGAAGUGGGCUACUGCUAUCACGGAAAUUGCACUGACCGCACUGUGCACUGCCAGGAAAUCUUUGGCAAAAAUGCUGUGAAAGGUGCAGAUGCCUGCUAUACCAUAAAUAUAAAAGGCAAUAGAUAUGGGCACUGCAGAAGAGACGAACGGUUAUUUCAACCUUAUGCCUGUUCCAUCGGAGACAUUUAUUGUGGAAGGCUGCAGUGUGGUAAUGUCACACACCUCCCCCGCUUGCAAGAACAUGUGGGAUUCCAUCAGUCUCUAAUCUCAGGAUUCUGGUGUUUUGGACUGGACUCACAUCGCUCCACAGGAGCAAAUGAUGUUGGUCACGUGAGACCAGGUACCCCCUGUGGUCGUGAAAAGGUCUGUAUAGAUGGCUUCUGCAUUGCCAGGGAUCUUCAGCUGAAUUAUGACUGUUUACCUGAGAAAUGCAGUCACAGGGGGAUUUGCAACAAUAACAAGAACUGUCAUUGUCACAUAGGCUGGGAUCCUCCACACUGCAUUGAUAGAGGUGCUGGUGGGAGCACAGACAGUGGACCCCCUCCACGUAAAAUGCGGUCAGUCAGGCAAAGUAAUGAAUCUCUGAUAUAUCUGAGAGUGGUCUUUGGUCGCAUUUAUGCCUUAAUAGCUGUAUUCCUGUUUGGCAUCGCCACAAAUGUAAGAACAAUCAAGACAGUUAAAGUUGUGGAAGAGAAAGCUGAUGAAGUCAAUCCUGGUAUCAGCCUCGAGACCCCUGAAAAACAAUAG